AUGGCUCUCCAUAGACAUGCCACUUCUUUGAUAUUCUCCCAUUUAUUCCUUAUAUACCAUGUGAUACUUCUUCUUAUCCCAUUCGGCAACGCGGAUAACCAGCAACCUCUACAUGCAACGGCAGAAGCUACUCCGAGACGGGUGGCAGUAAUCGGAGCCGGAGCCGCAGGAUCAUCCAAUGCCUACUUCCUGCGCAAAUACGCAGAAUCCUCCCAAACACCCGUCGACAUCACAGUCUUCGAACGGUCCUCUUACAUCGGCGGCCGUUCAACAACAGUAGAUGUCUUCGAUAAUCCAGCAUAUCCCGUCGAACUAGGCGCCUCAAUCUUCGUGAAAGUCAAUUACAACCUCGUGAAUGCAUCCAGGGACCUCGGGCUGGUAGCCCAAGGAGCCGAUAUCGCCCGGCCCAGAGAGUCUGAGGAUAGCAUUGGCAUCUGGGACGGGAAGGAGUUCGUGGUUACGUUACAGAAUACAAGCAACUGGUGGAACAUCGGAAAGAUACUCUGGCGAUACUGGCUCGCGCCGAUUAAGGCGCAGAAUCUGAUGAAAACUACUGUUAAGAAGUUCCUUCAGCUCUACGAGGAGCCUAUAUUUCCGUUUCCGUCGCUCUCUGAUGCAGCAGAGAAGGUUGGCUUGCUGGAUGCCACUGCGUCUCCUGGUGAGGACUUUCUUGAGAAGAAUGGCAUCUCGGCUGAUUUUGGCCGGGAAGUCAUCCAAGCCAGUACGCGGGUCAACUACGGACAGAACAUUCCCCUGAUCCACGGCCUGGAGACAAUGGUCUGCAUGGCCGCAGAGGGCGCCGUCUCCAUUGAAGGCGGCAACUGGCGCAUUUUCGACGGGAUGCUCAAAUCGUCCAGUGCAAAUGUCAAACUCAACACAACCGUGACGUCCAUCAAGCGAAACGAAGCCGAUGGUACCCUCACCAUCAAAUCCGUUUCAGAAGAUCAUACAAAUCGAAAACAGGAGCACUCCAAUAAUGUCUUCGACGAAGUCGUCAUCACUGGUCCCUUGCAAUAUUCAGGAAUCUAUAUCUCCCCACCAUUCGACCACGCGCCAGAUGAAAUCCCCUACGUCACACUCCAUGUGACUCUCUUCUCCUCACCCCACAAACUCUCACCCGAGUUCUUCGGUCUGGCCUCUAACGAGCAAGCACCCGAAACAAUCCUCACCACACUACCCAAAGGAACAAACCUCGGAACCGAAAAACCAGGCGUAGGACCCGCAGGUUUCUGGAGUAUCAGUACCCUACGAACCGUAACAUCAGCAAACAACGAACGCCACUACGUCUACAAGGUCUUCUCUCCGGAACGACUAACAGGCGGAUUUGUCGCGCAAGUCCUAGGUUUUCAAAACUCUACUACCAUCAAUGACGAGUCGACAAUCGCUGAUCUUCCCAAAACUGAUAUCAGCUGGUUCCAUGAGAAGAUCUGGCAUCCGUAUCCGUUCUUGUACCCGCGGGUAACGUUUGAGGAGCCUAAUGUUGCGCCUAGCGUUUGGUAUACGGGUGGAAUUGAGAGCUUUAUUUCCACUAUGGAGACUAGUUCGUUGAUGGGGAAGAACGUGGCUGCGUUGAUGGUGCAAUCGUGGAAGGGUCAGGAUACUACCUCGUCUGAGGGACAGGGCAGGGAUGACUUGUGA